AUGUAUCGCGAUGUCGGCUUUGCUCGUGCCAGAAGCGUGCAUUCAGAAUCACUGACUCGCUACCAGCACAUACUGCCCCUGGAACGGAUUCGCUUUUUCCAGUUUCCCGAUGAUCCCGAACCUUCAGAAGACUGGCAGAUUGACUACCUAGAUCCGGGGUCUUAUCGCGUGCAAGAUGUGGCUGCGGCGAUCGCCGAGAUACCGGGUGCAAUGGCGGACUGGGACAUUUGCCACAUCUUUACUCCGCGAAGCAGUCUGAUCGCCGAGGCCGUGGUCUUGGCGUACGAGAGGAAGGGCUACCGCUUUAAGCUCCGCCAUCACGAAGAGUAA